UUGCGCGCUCUCGCCCUGGGAGCCGCAGUCUCGGGAGCGCCAAGGUGUUUCAGUAGUCUCUUGCCAGUGACUCCCGUGAACCCGGUGUCUUUAGGCUGCAUCCCGGGCAGGGACGUCCGCCGGGCACGGGAGGGGGCCAAGAUGCCGAUCAAUAAAUCAGAGAAGCCAGAAAGCUGUGAUAAUGUGAAGGUGGUUGUUAGGUGCCGGCCCCUCAAUGACAGAGAGAAAUCAAUGUGCUACAAACAGGCUGUCAGUGUGGAUGAGAUGAGAGGAACUAUCACUGUACAUAAGACUGAUUCUUCUAAUGAGCCUCCCAAGACAUUUACUUUUGAUACUGUUUUUGGACCAGAGAGUAAACAACUUGACGUUUACAACUUAACUGCAAGACCUAUUAUUGAUUCUGUUCUUGAAGGCUACAAUGGGACUAUUUUUGCAUAUGGACAAACUGGAACAGGCAAAACUUUUACUAUGGAAGGCGUUCGAGCCGUUCCUGAACUUAGAGGAAUUAUUCCUAAUUCAUUUGCUCACAUAUUUGGUCAUAUUGCAAAAGCAGAGGGUGAUACAAGAUUUUUGGUUCGAGUAUCAUAUUUGGAAAUCUAUAAUGAAGAAGUUCGUGACCUUUUGGGCAAGGACCAGACACAGAGGUUAGAGGUUAAAGAAAGGCCUGAUGUGGGAGUUUAUAUCAAAGAUUUAUCAGCUUAUGUGGUGAAUAAUGCUGAUGAUAUGGAUAGAAUUAUGACUCUAGGCCACAAAAACCGUUCUGUUGGUGCGACCAAUAUGAAUGAACAUAGCUCCCGUUCCCAUGCCAUCUUUACAAUUACUAUAGAAUGCAGUGAAAAAGGCGUUGAUGGUAACAUGCAUGUCAGAAUGGGGAAGCUCCAUCUUGUAGAUCUUGCUGGUUCGGAAAGACAAGCAAAAACAGGAGCUACUGGACAGCGCCUAAAGGAAGCUACAAAAAUCAACCUCUCACUUUCCACCCUGGGUAAUGUAAUUUCUGCCUUGGUUGAUGGAAAAAGCACUCAUGUGCCUUACCGUAACUCCAAAUUGACUCGCCUUCUUCAGGAUUCCUUAGGAGGAAACUCAAAAACUAUGAUGUGUGCAAAUAUUGGGCCAGCAGAUUACAAUUAUGAUGAAACUAUCAGUACAUUACGGUAUGCCAACCGUGCUAAGAAUAUUAAAAAUAAAGCUAGAAUUAAUGAAGAUCCAAAGGAUGCUCUGCUUCGUCAGUUUCAGAAAGAAAUAGAAGAACUAAAGAAAAAGCUUGAAGAAGGGGAAGAAAUAUCAGGCUCUGAUAUCAGUGGGUCAGAGGAGGAGGAUGACGAAGAGGGCGAAGUUGGAGAAGAUGGAGAGAAAAGGAAAAAGAGAAGGGAUCAAGCAGGUAAAAAGAAAGUUUCCCCAGAUAAGAUGGUUGAAAUGCAAGCAAAAAUUGAUGAGGAGAGAAAAGCACUUGAAACAAAGCUUGACAUGGAAGAAGAAGAAAGAAACAAGGCUAGGGCUGAAUUAGAAAAACGGGAAAAAGAUCUCCUUAAAGCCCAACAAGAGCAUCAGUCUUUGUUGGAAAAAUUAUCUGCUUUGGAGAAGAAGGUAAUUGUUGGUGGUGUUGAUUUGUUGGCCAAAGCUGAGGAACAAGAAAAACUUCUUGAAGAAUCUAAUAUGGAACUGGAAGAAAGGAGGAAAAGAGCAGAGCAACUUCGCAAAGAACUUGAGGAAAAAGAGCAAGAACGCUUGGAUAUUGAAGAAAAAUAUACCAGUUUACAAGAGGAAGCUCAGGGAAAGACCAAGAAAUUAAAGAAAGUUUGGACUAUGUUGAUGGCUGCAAAGUCAGAGAUGGCUGAUCUCCAACAGGAACAUCAGAGAGAAAUUGAAGGGCUACUAGAAAACAUUCGGCAACUGAGCCGGGAGCUUCGGCUUCAGAUGCUUAUUAUUGAUAAUUUUAUACCUCAGGAUUAUCAGGAAAUGAUUGAAAACUAUGUCCAUUGGAAUGAAGACAUAGGGGAGUGGCAGCUAAAAUGUGUUGCCUACACAGGAAAUAACAUGAGGAAGCAAACUCCAGUACCUGAUAAAAAGGAGAAAGAUCCCUUUGAAGUAGACCUUUCUCACGUGUAUCUUGCCUAUACUGAAGAGAGUCUGCGUCAGUCUUUGAUGAAAUUAGAAAGGCCACGGACUUCAAAGGGAAAAGCAAGGCCAAAGACAGGGAGAAGAAAGCGUUCUGCAAAGCCUGAGACCAUAAUUGAUUCUUUACUUCAGUAAAUGUUACAGACUUAAAGUCACAAUAAAAAUUAGUGAUGUUCUCAUGCCUGGACAAAAUCUUUAAUUAAAACCCUGAAGACUUCUGUGUAAUUUCAAAUACUGGAAGCUGUAAAUCAUGGAGUAAGACUGGAAAUAACAAUUUGCCUAAUAACUUUUAGACUAUAUAUAUGUUAAGAUAAUAUAAAAUAUUAAAAUUGUACAACUUGUGAUUGUUUAAAUUGUCAUACUACUCUUCAACUUUACUGUGCUGAGAAGCUGGGGGAACAGUUCACACAUAGAGUUGCAGUUUCUAUAUAUGUCUAAAUCUGUUAGCUAUUUACCCAAUUACUAAAUAUUUAGAUGACCAAAUUUCAAAAUAGAAAAAAAAGUAUGUCCUGUUUUGCACAUAGAAAGUAGUAGAUAGAAUUGUCCUGUGUUGCAUUGUUACAUGUGAACAUUUGGGCUGCACAACUAAAAAAUGACUGUCCUAACACUGGCCCUACUGGCCUGUGUAAAUAUGCUCUAGUUUUAUACUAACAUUUGUUGCAUUUUAAGUAUAAGAUGACGAUUUUAUUGAUCUCCUAUAGAAAAUUUUAUAAUCCAAAAGCAAUUCUUCAUAAGUAUACAUUUUAA